AUGGAGAUUGGGACUAAAGUGGUUGUGUUCUAUACCGACGACGUGGUCUGGCAUGAGCGGCUGAUUCUUCUUCCAAGCCGGGAGGAGAACACUUACUGGAUUGUCACCCCUGACGGGGACAUCUACGAGGAGGACCUGGGUGGAAAUGCCACUGAUGGUCCCGAUCGCGUGCGUGUGGUUCCUCCUGGGGUACGGACAUUGGCCAAUCUUCGACGGGGAGUGUAUCGUUUCAGGGAUGAUCCCACCGAUUCUUUUCUGGAAGAAAAUAUCCGGAAAGCUUGGCAGCAGCACCAGAGCAGCUAUGGUGCGCCGCAGGACAUGGAGGAUUUGGCUGUGCUCUUGCCCAGCGGAGUGAAGAAGACCUUGUCGGCUCUGGACGGUGGUCUCAUGAUCGUGCAGGGAUGCAAAGCUGAGGAUGCGCCUGACCUUAGUCGCUCCGUUCGGGUUUCUAAGGUGGAAGAGAAGGCCGAGGAGAGGGAUCUCCGAGUGUUGCCGGUGAUCUUCGACUCGGCGGAGGAGAGAUGGCGCACCCUCAAUGAGGCGGUCCCGGAGUAUGAAGAGGUUGACUUCGAGGACUUCCCCCUGCAAGGCCCACGGACCCUUUUUCGUGAUGCCCGUCAGCUGCGUCGGCUGGGUUUUGAUUGGCUUCAGCAUCAUGAGUCAUGGAUCAAGAAGAGCGGGGUGCGGCUUACUGACAGGAGUGUUCACGAGCACUCUUCGAUAUGCCGAGUCUUGAACCUGAUGACAUCUUACGAUCAGUUGAACACCCCCUCGCUGGCAAGCGCGGAGGCCCUCAAUCGCCGCAGGACUUUGAUUGAGGUUGCACAUCAGGGCCGGCCCGAAGCACCGAGUUAUGAAGGAGCCGAAGAAAUUCUCGGCACCCGUGAUUCCGCGGACGGCUCCAUCAUUGAUCCGGCCUUGACCCGUCAUGCUGCAAGGCGACAAGCUGAUCGUGCUGAGGUAUUGAAGCAAAACCGUUUGGCCGCUGAGGAGCGGAGACAUGCCUUGAAUCGGGGAGAUCGCGGUGAGACGGGCGAUCGUCCCGAGAAGCCUGGAAAAGGAGAUGGAAAGGGCGGCAAGCAGGCGGGGAGAUAUUUUAGCACUGAAGAGUUUUCCAUGCCACAAGAUCGCUUCGGGGACGUUUUUCCUUUGCCUCUACCUCGAGAUUGUGGUUAUGCCGGUGAUGUACAGUGGCUGCGCUCUCGGCGCUCGCGGCAGCGGGUCGUCAAGCGGAGGACGCUUGGCGAACGUGAAGUGGGCACGGUUUGGGCGCUCAAUACGCUGGCGGGUUUUGAUCACCAGGCGGGCUGGCCGCGCUGCUCUUUGAAUCGCGCACAAGAGUCGGCUUUGUCUAGGAUCAGGAGGGCACACUUGCUUCGUCCUCCACCUGUUGAGUCUUUGAGUCCUCAGGCAGCGCUUAGGCAGCUGCUGAAGCGAAAGGCUGCGCCCUCCUAUGCCGGGGACCAGCCGGGGCAGUUGGUUAGCUAUGUGAGGGAGAAGCUGUCAAUACCACGUGACCAGUUAGAGCCGGUGAGUUUGGAAGCUAUCUUGCCCGAGCUGGAGCAGGAGCAGGUGCGGAACUUUGAGGAGCACAUGCUUCUGAGUGACGAGGGCAUUGCAGCAGCCCUAGAGCGUGGACUUGAGGGGGAUUGUCACCUGGACCCCGUUCUUGCGCACAACCGCUAUAAGUACCACGAGCUCAUCUCGGAUCUGCUGCAGGCCAAGCUCAUCGACUUUACGCGAACUCCGAAGGUCCAGGUGGGAUUGUUUUGCGUGGCAAAGAAAGGCGACAAGCAAAGACUCAUAGUCGAUGCUCGGAGGGCGAACAAGCUCUUUGGGCCUCCUCCUUCGACGGUACUGGGCUCGGUCGAUGCUUGGACUCGCCUAGAAUGUGGUGAUGAUUCCGAUGUCUUCAUAGCGCAGGAAGAUAUCAAAGAUUGUUUUUACCGCCUGGGGAUCCCUCGCAGAUUGGGAGAGUACUUCAGUCUUCCAGAGAUCGAUGCGGCGUUGUUGCAAGAUGCCUUAGGCUACCUGCCCACUGGUCUUCGAGAGAUGCUGGACUUAGGCAGUGGCCCGAUUUAUCCCUUUUUCAAGGUUUUGCCGAUGGGUUUUUCCUGGGCUUUUCACCUUGCACAUCAGGCUCAUCAAGAAAUUGCUCGUGUUACUUUGCCAGGGAUUCCUUUUGUACAUGAUCGGCGUCCCGCUCCUCGACUGGGACAACAGGCAGGGGAGCAUGAGAGUGCACUCCUGGUUUAUGCAGACAACGCAAAUCACCUUGGGGUGGCGCGUGAUGAGGUUGGGGACGGCCAGAGAAGGAUGAUUGAUGCAUUGCACGGGCAUGGGCUGAGUACUCAUGAUGUGGUGGAGCCGGCAACCUUGGGGGAGUCGCUUGGGGUUCGCAUUGAUGGGCUUGGUGGCCAGGUGGGACCGACGGCGAAACGGGAUUGGGCCCUGGAUCGGGCUCUGCUGGCGUGCAGCUCAGCUCCUUCAAUGACCGGCGCAGAGCUGCAGGUGAUCAUUGGGCAUAUGACGAUUCGUGCAGUGCUUCAUCGGGGAUUGAUGUGUAUCCUUAGGCAUGCCUACACCUUUGUGGAGAAGUCGUACACACGAAGGCAGCCGUUAUGGAGCAGUGUCGUCAAGGAGCUUGAAAUCUUCAGGUGCCUUAUGCCUUUAGCCGUUGGGAACUUGAGACUUCCAUGGCAGGCCGAAGUAUUGGCUACCGAUGCUUGCCCAACCGGCUAUGCGGUUUGCAGUACGGAGGCUGGGAUCGAGGAAGUGGCAGCAGUUGGCAGAGAGGAUGAGCGUUGGCGUUUUUACCGAGGAGUCGGAGAACGUCUACCGCCCAGGGCAGCUGCUUUGGACACUUCCUUAGUCUUCGAGGACCCCCUCACAGUAAAGCCAGAUGAUGAUUUGCAACCUGGACUUUUCGCGAAUCCAAAUUUUGUUGAGGUCCCUCGACCAUUGCUCAAACCCGAGCGAUGGCAGCAACUGUGGAACGCGCCGUUCGUCGGGAAGGAGCCGAUUCAUGUCCUUGAGUGUCGGAGUGUUCUUGCCGCGGUGAAGCACAUGUGUCGAGACUCGCGCAAGCAUGGAUGUCGUUUCCUCGUUCUCAACGACAAUAUGGGGGUCUGUUUGGCGGUGCAGAAGGGGCGGGCCGGUGAUUUUGGACUAAUUCGCCUCAUUCGCCGCAUUUCUGCUCACACUCUGGCCUGUGGUAUGAAGCUUCACGUCCGAUGGAUUGCCUCAGAGGAUAAUGCUGCUGACAAGGGCAGCCGCUCGUGGCAGCCAAGGCCUGAGGAAGGGCUCGGUCGUGACGGUUCCAAGGGCUGGGGUGGGAGCGAUGACCCGGACGGUCAACGUUUUCACAAGGCAAGAGGCGAUCGAUGCAAAUCGCCGCAUGGAGACGGGGGAAUCCAUCCGGGAGCCGAGGGAGAAUGCAAAGAGAAAGAGGGCACAGUCGCCGAUGCGCGAGCCCACCGGGCGUUCAGUGAGACCUGCAGGCUUGAUGUCGAUGCUGAAGGCGACGCAGAGGAAACGGGAGAGAGCAAGGGCCAGACAGAGGAAAUUUUCCAGUCGCAGGACUACUUGAACAAGCUGAAAGGGUUUUACGAGUUCACCGCUUUCCACCAGCUGGAGACAAGAGACGAGGCCCAGCUCGACGAAGCGCUCUGCGACUACGCAGACGACCAGUACCUGAAUGGGGAGGACUCAAAUUUCGGUCAGAAGUUGUUAGCGGCUUUGGAGUUUCAGAGGCCGGAGGCAGCAAGGGAAGGACGUUUGCAGGUAACCCGCUUUCGUCGGGCCUUGAAAGGCUGGCGCCGCAUGGCGCCUACCCAGACGAGGCUGCCGCUGCCGGAGUUCAUGAAAACUUCCAUCUCGGCGAUCAUGAUUCGCUUUGGGUCCGAGGAGAUGGCCUUGUUCAACGAAGUGUCCUUCAGCACCUACGCGAGACCGGGGGAGCUUUUCAGGAUGAAGGCGGCGGAUUUUGUGCCACACAAUCGCGACUACCAUCAUUCGGUGUUGGUGGUGGCUCCUUUCGAGCGUGGGGAGGGGAGCAAGGCUGGGGUUUUCGACGAGGUCCUGAUCCUGGACGACGUCCGGGCACCUUGGCUGGAGCCUCUUCUCAGAGCUCACGUGGAGGGCCGCCUUCGAGUGAGCGAGGAGGCGAACCUGUGGAGCUUCAACGCAAAGGCCUUUUUGGAGACCUGGCGUCUGGCAGUGGAGAUUUUGGGCAUAGGGGACGUAGCCCUCAGCCCGUAUCAAAAUCGUCACGGGGGGGCCAGCCGCGACCACCUUCUUCGUCUUCGGUCAGUGGUUGGGAUCCAGCGCCGAGGACGCUGGGCUGUGGACACAAGUGCCAGGAUCUACGACAAGCCAGGACGGCUACAACAAGUUCUGAACAAACAUGGCGCCCUCCUCCAGGACUUUGGCGAGAUGAUCCGAAAAGACUUUGGCCGUUACUUCCGAGGCAAAUCCUUCCUGCUGCCGCGCAAGCUGGAGGGCAAAUUGGCUCAGGUGCGAAGGGAAAGAGCAUGCUAA